AUGUCUACAUCCUCGGCCCCAGCACAAAUCCAUUUCAAGCAGCGAAUGAAAGCCAAUAAGAUCAGCACUUUAAGUGACUCAAUUCAGGAGCUCCGAAAAGCACUCGACAAAGAGAAAGGAGUCCAAAAUUCCAUUACAAAACUUUCCACAAGGUUCAAUAUAAAGCGUAGGAGACUUUACGAUGUCGUAAAUGUUCUGAUUUCAACCGGAUGCUGCGAAAAGGGAGAAUUUGAUUGUAUCAUUUGGAUGGGUGAGAACCAAAUUUACCAAAAAUUUGCGGAUUUAUAUCGCGUUCGUCAGAUUGGAAAUUCUACAAUGACAAUCGACGAACUAUUCCCAAUUGAAAUAUGCGUAGGAGUUCCAAAUCUCACAAUUAAUUUCAUUCUCGUUUAUUUUGCUUUACAAACUCAGUGCUUAGAUUUACGAAUUAUUGCAGCCUUAUUUUCUCGAGGAACUCAACGAAUGAAAACAACUCUUUCGAAAUUAUAUCAAAUUAGUUAUAUCUUGUGUUCAAUUGGUGUUACAAAAAGAAGUACCCAAGUAUGCGAAGUAGUUUUAGAAGAUUAUUUGUACCAAUAUGUUCUGAAUUCCAACAAUACAAACCCUGAUUCCAAAGAAGAUCCCCUUUCGAUCUUCAAUUUACUGAAUAUACCUCAACAUGAUGAUUUGCAUGAAGCUAUCUUGAAUCGAAGAAAGAUGUUUAACCAAUACUUUAUCGAUAACGCUUACAAAGCAGAUUUCAUUCAACAGUUCUAG